CUCCUUCCUCUCUUCCUCCCACCUUCACGCCUGUUUUGUUUUGGCAGAAAAGAAAGGGUACAAGCGCUAGAGGGGCAGAGCAUCGCGAGCGAGGUGAGCGUGAUUUGCUGGGUCGGGGCUUGGCCGACCUGCAAGCUGGGCGAUGGCAGAAGCCAUGUGAGCUGGCCGGUGGCCUCCAAAAGAGGGGAAGAGGAGCGAGAGAAGGGGGGUUUCUCGGUUGUUUUUUUUUUUGGUCGAGAGAGAGCAGGAGAGAAGGAGAGGACGAGCCGAAGGGAGAGGGGGAGCUCGAAGGAAAGCGUCGCCGUCGCCAGUCAUCCGCCCUCCGCCGCCCUCCGCCGCGGCCCUUUCCCAUUAAGCCAGAACAUGAAACAGGAUGUCUUCCCUCGGUCCCCAAUCCAUUUGUACGUCUCCUUCAGUUCAUAUGUCCAUCUUUUGCUGCUCGCUCUCUCUUCCCUGCUGUAGACAAAACACAUCUCCCCACCCCUGUUUUGUGAGAUCGAGAGAAAACAAGCUUCAAGGCACAACCGAAACAUGAAAACUCCCGGUUCUGUUGAAUGCAAGUCGAGGGCCAGGAGGAUUUAUUCAUAGAAAAGCUCCCAACAAUGGUGAUAGCGGUGUCGGGCUUCCUUGAUGAGGAAGGAGAAUACCUCAGGCUCAGCCCUUUGCGAAAACGAUCGUUUUUGAGAAACAGGUAUCACUCAAAAUCUCACCUUUCUACAAUAUCGGGCGCUGCGAAUGUGUAGGAGCAGCGAAAGUUGAAGGGAGCGGUGGUUGCUCGUGAAUGAGGGCGCUCCAUUCGCUUGUUGAGAACCAAGGGUCUGCUCUAAGCAAGGCUUUGAUAGCCCAUUGUCAAGCUACCGUAGGAGGAACUUUGAGGGAUCUCUAUAUUGCCAAUAAUAUAUUAAGUGGGUACACAAAAUGCGGAGAGAUCUGGCUUGCCCACCAAGUGUUCGACCGAAUGCGCAACAGAGAUGCAGUGUCUUGGAACACCAUGAUUUCCGGUUAUGUUAAUAGUGGUAAGCUGGAGGGAGCAUGGAAUUUUCUGGAGUCCAUGAGACAAUGUGGACUAGAAGUGGAUGCUUAUACUUUUUCGAGUAUGCUAAAAGGAGUAGCUAGUGCUGGUAUGCUUGAUCUCGGACAGCAGUUGCAUUGCUUGAUUUUCAAGCACGGAUACGGUAGGAAUGUUUACACGGGAAGCGCUCUUUUGGACAUGUAUGCUAAGUGCGAGAGGGUUGAGGAUGCAUACGUCGUGCUCCAACACAUGCCGCAACGUAACUCUGUCUCAUGGAAUGCGCUUAUCAGUGGAUUUGCGCAGAGCAGUGACAGAGAGACUGCAUUUUGGCUUUUUGAUAGCAUGGAGCAUGAUGGCGUUAAGCCAGAUGAUGGGACCUUCGCUCCUCUCUUGACAUUGCUCAACGACCAUGAGUUUUUCAAGCUAACUGCACAGGUCCAUGCCAAAAUUAUAAAGCAUGGUCUAGAAUGGAAAAAUAAUGUUUGUAAUGCUGCAGUUUGUUCAUACUCGGAGUGUGGCUCCAUUGAAGAUGCUAAGAAACUGUUUGAUAGCAUUGUCUUUAGAGAUAUAGUGACAUGGAAUUCAAUACUAGCUGCCUACCUAGUGCAUGGUGAAGAAGAUUCUGCCUUUAGGCUUUUUAUUGAUAUGCAGUGGCUGGGCAUUGAACCGGAUUUUUACACUUACACAAGUGUCAUAAGUGCUUGUUUUGAAGAAGCAUGUAAAAAUCUGGGAAAGUCCCUCCAUGCUUUGGUAAUUAAAAGAGGUCUGGAGCGAUCAUUACCAAUCUCCAAUGCAUUUAUAGCUAUGUAUAUCAAAAUGGGUAAUGGAUCCAUGGACGGUGCUAUUCGUGUCUUCAAAUCAAUGCAAUCCAAGGACCGGGUCUCUUGGAAUUCCAUGUUGACCGGAUACUCCCAAGUUGGGUUAAAUGAAUAUGCAUUGGAACUUUUUGCCCAGAUGAGAUCUUUGAAUACUGAGAUUGAUCAUUAUGCUCUUUCAGCAGUUCUCAAGUCUUGCUCUGAUUUAGCAACUCUCUUUGUGGGCCAACAAGUUCAUGCAUUGGCACUUAAGUUUGGCUUUGAGUCAAAUGAAUAUGUUGGCAGUGCACUGAUCUUUAUGUACUCUAAGUGUGGCAUUAUUAAAGAUGCUAGAAAUUCUUUCAAAGAGACUUUCCAAAGUAGCUCAGUCACUUGGAAUGCAAUUAUCUUUGCCUAUGCACAACAUGGUCUAGGACAUGAUGCGCUUGAUCUUUUCCAUUUGAUGAGAGCAAGGAGAAUAACGCUUGAUCACAUCACCUUUGUUGCUGUCCUGACUGCUUGUAGCCACAUUGGUUUGGUUGAAGAGGGCUAUGGGUUUCUAUUAUCAAUGGAAAUGGAUUAUGGCAUCCCUCCAAGGAUGGAGAACUAUGCUUGUGCAAUUGAUCUUUUUGGGCAUGCUGGGCUUGUGAAUGAGGCUAAGGCCUUGGUGGAAUUGAUGCCGUUUCAACCUGAUAUGAUGGUGUGGAGGACUUUAUUGGGUGCUUGUAGGAGUAGCGGGAACAUGGAAUUGGCUUGUCAAGUCGGAAAUCAACUACUUGAGUUAGAGCCUGAAGAACAUAGCACUUAUGUUCUGCUCUCGGACAUGUAUGGGCGCCUUAAAAAAUGGGGUGAUCAUGCCAGGGUGAAAAGACUUAUGAGGGAAAGAGGGGUGAGGAAGGUCCCUGGCUGGAGUUGGAUUGAGGUUCAAAAUCAGGUUCAUUCUUUUAAUGCUGAAGACCGUUCCCACCCACUUUGCGAAGAUAUAUACCCUGUACUGGAAGGCUUGAUGGAUGAAGUAAGAAAGUUGGGCGGGGAUGGCAAUUCAGAGGAUUCAUUGCAACAAAUGGAGAUAUGGUUCGGGGCUCUUUGACAUUGACAUCUAUUCAUAUUCUCUUAGUCGAUGGCAAUGAAUUUCAUUCGUUCAGGUACAGGUGCCUGGAUAAUUUUCUGGGCAAACAUUUGGGGCGGCAAAUAAGGAAGAAUUGGAAAUAUGGUUCGGGACUUUUUGACAGGGACAUUUAUUCGUAUUCUUGUAGUCGAUGGGAACAGAUUUCAUUCAUUCAGCUACAGGUGCCGGAUAGUUUUUUACGCAUACAUUUGGUGCAGCAAAUAAGGAAGAAUGGUAAGCAUUCUCCAUUGUAAUCAUACAGAAACACAAAUUUCAGGCAGCCUUCUUCUCAUUGUUUUAUGCUAGAUGACAAGGAGGAGAAAUUGGUUUGUCAUGAAUGUGAAGCAUUCCCUUAUUCAAUUGAAGUUACUGUCUUCUCCAAAUAGGAACUCUUGUCUUUGUUGCUUUUCAAGGGGAAAAAGCUGUGAAGCAGGGAGAGGGGAGUCAGCAGUGGUGGGGGUGAGGAGGGUGCCUCUCUUGAGCUCGUCCCGCCUCAGUGCAGGUGAAAAAAUCAGCUGGCCCCUUUGACGCACUACUCUGCGUGGGCCAGUUCUUCCCUGACGCGACGGAGCUGCUGGAGGAGUUCGCGGACUAUGCGGAGGGCCGGUCGCCGGUCCUGCUUCCGACCUACUUCAUCGGCGACUACGGCAUUGGGGCACCCAAGGUGCUGUCGGCCGCUUUGAGGAGCCACGCCGACUUAGGGUUUAAGAUGGACGGCCUGAAGAUAUGCGAGAAUCUGUAUUGGCUGAAGGGGAGUGGCAAGUUCACACUUCACAGUAACAUGUAACUCUAGUUUUCGCCUGGCAGGUCAACAUAUUUUGGUGUUGCUUCUUAAGUUUUUGUCAGUUAAAUUAUGUUUAUCAAAUACUUUAGGUAGGAAGGAUGUAGACUGAGUUAGACAUGAACAUUUUAUUUGAUUGUCCUCAAUGUUUAUCAUGCAGUGAGAUACUAAGGCAUGCUUUUGUGCAUACAAGUAAUGGAAUGGCAGCUGUUUUCUCUUUCUGUAUA